AUGACCCGGUGGAUACAGGCUGGCAUCCUGACCAAUGACUGGGCAUCCGUCACAGCCGAGCCAACUCCUCGAAAAGACAGACGCCCGCGACGCUCCUUCCACAGUAGCCGGUCAUCUCGCCAAGUCGACCCCCUGUGCACGUUCUUCACAACGGAUGCCAAUGAACUCAUACCGCCAUCGCUCUCCCCCCUGAGAGAGAAGAUAAAAGGGAGGGAGGUUGGAAACGAGAGUCUCGUGGACGCCUUCCCAAUUUCCCUUAGUGUGCCCGGUUCUAUCUCCAAGGCUACAGAACAGUCCGCGGUCUCCGACUUUGACAGCCUAGUUGAGGCGUCUGUGGUGAUUGAAAAACCGGAGAAAAGUCCCCCACGGAAAAUGUUCAGGAUACCCUUUGAUAACCGUUUCCUGGUCGACACGACCUCUCUGGAGGAGACAACCAUUCAGGCAACCUCUGACGACCCGGACGAGACCGAGGUGCCCACGGACUCCUCCUUCAUGCAAGACAGGCACUGGACACGAGAAAAGAAUCCACCGGUAGGUUUCGACAAAAAUAUUAUUUAA